AGUGAACGCAGCUGUCUUUGGUGAAUGUAGCCAUGUAUGUGGGAUGUACGUCGGUUAAGGAUGACUUAUCACAAUUGCACAUUUUUGAAUGUCUUAAAUAAUCCCUCUGUUGGAACGAUGCUGGAAUCCAACGUAUCCAAAACAUUGCGCGAAGGCAAUGUCACCAAAAACGCCAGCUGUGGAUCAGUUUCUGUUGCUUAUCCCAUUACUAUGAUGGUAACGGGAAUGGUUGGGAAUUCUCUUGCAUUGAUGUUAGUUUAUAGCUCUUACAGGAGAAAGGAAAAUAAACGGAAAAAGUCAUUUCUGCUCUGCAUUGGUUCACUUGCGCUCACAGAUCUCUUUGGACAACUGUUAACGAGCCCUAUCGUGAUUUCUGUUUACCAGGCUGACUUGAAGUGGGAGCGCGUUGACACAUCGGGGAGUUUGUGUGCUUUCUUCGGGGUAUGCAUGACAACUUUCGGACUGUGUUCCCUCUUCCUUGCCAGUGCAAUGGCAAUCGAGAGGGCUUUAGCGAUCACUGCUCCGCACUGGUAUUCCAACCAUAUGAAGACUAGUGUAACCAAACAAGUGCUGGCAGUCAUCUGGUGCCUUGUCAUAUUAUUCGCCCUGCUACCCAUUGUAGGUGUAGGGCAAUACUCUCUACAGUGGCCAGGAACCUGGUGUUUCAUCAGUACAGGGGACAGAAACAUCUCGGGAAAUGCCUUUUUUGCGUCCACAUUCGCUGGCUUGGGUAUAUUUUCCCUCCUUGUAACUUUCUUCUGCAACAUGGUGACAAUACGCGCGCUUGUUAUUCGCUGCAAAAUGAAAUCAAGCUCGUCUCAGACGUCCAAGCAAUGGGAGCGCCUCACAACGGAGACCGUGAUUCAGUUGCUGGGAAUCAUGUGUGUGCUUCUGGUAUGCUGGACCCCAUUACUGAUAUUGAUGAUGAAGAUGAUUUAUACGCAGACGUCUUCGCAUUACUGCAAGCAGCCAGCCGGUGGCUUUGCUCCAAGUCGAGACAUGCAGAUGGACUGCAACUUCUUCCUCACUGCCAUCCGUCUGGCUUCGCUCAACCAGAUUCUGGACCCCUGGGUCUAUUUGCUGCUGAGGGAAGUCCUUUUGCGGAAGUUUUUCCAGGUGACAAACGCCGUGUCCAACUGCUCCAUCGACGGACGCAAGGAGACGCCAACAGCACUGGAUGCCCUAAACAAAAAGACCCUUGAUGCCGAAACAGCGCAGGGGCAAUGGAAAGACCAAAAGGAAUAAGCUGACCAAGAGAGACACCUGCAACAAAAGUCAUUAUGGUGCCUUGGUAAAUGUGCCAUUUUUUUUGCCAGUGUUGCAAUCUUGUCAAACUUAAAUUUCAAGAGCUGCGGAGAUCCAGUCAUUCAGAGUAGUUGGUGCUCUGGUGCUUGACUUGAGUGCAUGCCUGGUGAGUGCUCCUGUCAUACGCGUCGACUGUGAGAGGGAACUGCUGCACUGGAGGUGAGAUGAAACGACCAUGCCAGCACUUAGACACUAAAACCAAACAGCAACUUGUAAAGUUGACCUGCCGUGGUCAAUAUGUUAAAAGGGAUUUCACACAUGGUUGCUCAAUUACAAAUCUUGCCAAGCAAGAGUACUGUUGAUGCCAAACAUGAAUAGACUCUCCUCGAUCGCAGCUCUCAAGGACUUCAGAGUAUAACAGUCAGAAGUUCAGACUUCAUGCCAACGUCAGUCAGAUUGUAAUUCAACUGGCAAUGCAUUGGGGCCCAAGCAUCCGCACAGAUCUGCACAGAUCUUCCUCCUCCCAACACUGCGUUGUCUAUGUCUGUGUGUCUGGCCAAAUUCUUCAUUUCAAGGGGGGGACCUGUUGAAGUGAACACUGGUGGUCCACAGUUCUAGAAGGGCUGCGGAGGUGGUGGUCGCCAUGGUGCUGGUGGCUGCGGCUCCAGGCUGGCGGAGAGCCAAGGUCCAGGCCAUCCACGCAGGACAACGUGCAGUGACAUCUGGCCUCCUGCUCUUCUGCCCUCACGUAACCCCCCCCCCACACACACACACACACACACACACACACACACACAGCUGAGCUGACGGCAGAGCAGAUGUGCCAGAGCUGGCCUGCAUCAGGGCCACGUCUGAGCCAAGCCUGGCAUGCAUCUUGCCCAGAGAUCUGCUCUGUAGGAUUGGUCAUUACCAACUGACUGGGUCUCUAUAAGGGCAUUGGGGCUAUACGAGAAAUUUGCCAACUAAUGACAAUUAAUCAGCCUUAUCUGACAUGUUCUCUUUAUGUUUUUGCACCAAAUGGUUCAUAAUAAUAUGGUUUGAUGCAAAACAAUACCAUUAUAUCAUUUAUAAGCUAGUGUGAACAGAAAUGUCUUUUAAUGGCAGUUAUUUGAUUGUGGAUUUUAAUCACAUUUUUCUCUUCAACAAUGUUAAUUCUCAGUUGAUGAGUUGUUGACGCUCCAGUGCUUUAGCACAGAAUCUACUCGUAACAACAGAAGUACAGUGCCAUAUUACAGUGUGUGAACCGGUCUCACCCAAGCAUGUAAACAACACAGUACAGUGAUAUACUAAUAAGUCUGUGACGAUCAGGCUUAUAUCAAUAAGGGAAAGCUGUGUACAGACUGUUAUGAGAUUUGGAGUUCAUAUUUAUGAUUGAUUUGUUUGUUUAGUGUUGUUUUUGUUGCUUCUGAUGUUGUUUUUUUAUCUGAGGUAUCUGCUGAGUUUCCUUCAAAGCUAAGGGUAAUUUACAGCCUGGCUCGUCAUCACUACUUUAGUUCAUUACCACUCUCAGCAUAAUGUUAUAUCAGCCCAAGAAAAGCUAGAUUGGGCAUUCUGCAUUCUUCAGACUGGCUAGCUAUAAUGAACUCAAAGGGAUCUUUUCUAUAAUGUAAAUAUUUAGGGUUUUUUGCAGUGUUACGCUUGCCAUUGCUAAAAGGACUUUCAUUAAGAUGACAUGAACAUAUCACAGAUCAGUGCAUUGCAUCUUUGCAUAUGAUAUACAUAUUGCCUUUUCAAUGCAGCCAAAGUCUGCAUUGGCAGUGACGUUUUCAGCUUUGGGCUGAUUGUGUCUCAUGGAGUCAUAAGAGAGCCCUGUGUGUUACAGUUUGAUAUUAGCUCCCAUCUAAAUCACCAGUCAGUUCCAGUGGGCUGUAAUGACACGGUUAUUGUGCCAGGCUGGUGUUAAAUGAGGUUUCUGUCUGUGCCAUGAGGCUAAUGUCAUUUAUAACUGAGCAAGGUAUUCUUCUUCCUUAUCAUCAAUUCACUUAUGCCAUGGUGGGCAGGUUGUUCAGUCAGAGCAGGACAUUGAAUGUAUCUUGUUAAAGCUUACUUAUAAGGCACUACCUCGCUGCCUUAACUCUCUGUCUCUGUGUCGUGCUGUCCUGUGUCCCUCGACUGUUAGAGUUCAGAGAAUGAGUUUCACAGUUACAAAUCAUUCAAGUGGCGUUGUAUUCAUGACUUUGAAAUGGAAAAGAUUGCUGUGUGUUGUGUAGCCAUCAUUAGCAGUUUACAUGCUUAAUACCCAGAGCCUAAAUAGUCAUCCUACUGAAUUUAUGAAGGAACAUUUCCGCAAUAACGAAGGUAUUAACAUAAUCUUGGGGGUUUUAUUCAUGCACUUUUCCCAUACUUUUCUAGUAGCAGGUUUUUUUUAUAACAAGGAGUUCUGUAGAGGAUAAUGAUUUGCAAAUAGAUGUAAUGAUGCUGUGUUUGAUUUGCACAUCGCAAUCCUGGCAUUCAUGAUUGAAAUGAGCCGGAAGCAUCACCAGUCAGCUCAUGACAGCACUGGGUGUCAUUUUGGCUGAGCUCAUUCUAACAGAAGACAGCAGGAAGAGUGAGUGUUCUGUUGGGGGUAUUAGGAUGGCGGACUGUGUAGUGCUGUUUGAGGCACUCAGUGACUGAGUCUUGUUCUAAUGAGGAAUGGGGUGCAGGGAGCCCAGCAAGAAAGAAAGUUUUGUCCAUCAGGCCCACUGUGCGUGCGUGCGUGCGUGUGUUUUUGCCAGCCUCAGCACGUGUCCAUAAUUGCCAGACGAAGUUCGGAAACACUGUGGACUGGUAAUUAUGUCAUCGUGCUUAGUUAAUGACAGCAUCCUGGAACACCAGAGAGAGCAGUCACACCACAUCAGGAGGCUGAACCAGAUCUCCCACAGCACAGACACACACACACACACACACACACACUGAUCUGGAGGCUCUGAGCCAGAUCUCUGUCAAAGUAUUUGUGCUCACCCCUUCACACACACACACACACACACAGAUAAGGAGACUGUCAGAGCACUCGUGUUCAGUCCCAUAGCACACACACACACACACACACACACACACACACACACACACACACACACACACACACACUGUGCCAGACUCUGAAACAGAUCUCUGUCAGUGCACUCAUGCAAAGAGCAGAGAAGCAGGUUACCCUCAUCAUCAUAAGUCAAGCCUGAAUCCCACUGGCCAAUCACAGGGCUCAAAAUAGCACCAUGAGGUUGUCGCUUUAUUUUAUUCUAUGUUCAUGUGGUACGUAAUUAUUCUUUUUUUUUUAUGUAUUGUCUUUAACAUAUUUAUAUCAUUUGUAUUUUUGCUUGAAACAACUUUGUUGUCACAACAUAUUGCUGUGAAAUAGCUUGAAAUGAUUGUAAACUAAUUUAUUCUAGUAUUGUAUAAAAGUGUGUAUAAAGUCUACAUGCACAUAUUGAACUGAUCAAUAUGGAGUUCAUUACCUGAGGUCCACUGACAUUUACUUGGUGGGAAAAAAUAAGUAAAGUAAAAAGAAAAAAAAAAAACCUCCAGUGGACAUUUUGAUCUCUUGGCCUUUAUAUCUGGACGUGCAACAUGUGGGUGCUCUUUCAGAAAGUCCUCCUAGACUCCUGUUUCUGUGAACAUGCUUUGAAUGCUUGUCAGUCAGAGGUCGAGUAUCAGGUGCACUGAGCAAAGGGAGGCGGGGUUCAAGCAUGGGUGUGCACUGUGCAUGUAUGCAACAAGGACUGAUAACGAUUGCAUGUGAUACAACCAGCAUACUGUCAUCCAUUUGAUGUGUCUUGUGAAUGUGCUUGACUGAUGCCUUAUCAUGAGGAAUCCGGUCACUCCUGUAGGAUACUUCAGGGUAUUGUUUUUUGAAUGUACUGUUGUAAAAAAAAAGAAAUGUCACUACUGUGACAAAAACAAAAACUUACCACGAGAUGUGUUUUACUUUUCAUGUAAAAAAGAAUCCUUCCUUAUUCAAUGAUCACUGCUCUUGUACUGUGAAAAAUGGGUCAUUAUGGCAUCUUUGCAAAUGUCUGUUUUUGCUUAAGUCACUUUGUUCUAAUUCUUUGUGUCUGUACUGUUUUGUUCCCCAACGCAGCAAUGUAAUGACAGAAUUUGGUUAUGGCUCUAAUUCUAUUUCGCACCGGCCUUUGUGGCUGUGUUGUAUUGGUCAACAAAGCACAUUUAAGGGCCAGUGUAAUGGCAGAAUUGUCUGUUUUGACUUUAAUUCGGUUAACACGAUGGUAAUUGAUUUUGUGUCAGAUUUUGUAGACUAUUGGCUUGGGGGUGAAAACAAUUUGCAGAUGAUGCACUACUAGCCAACUACCUUCUCACUGAAAUACAAUGUCAUUCGCUGUGUCAAGCCAUGUUUGUCCUACAGUCUCUGUCAGCUAUUAAAAUAUAAAUGAAA